GCUUACUGCGCAAGUCUUUGAUGCAUUGUCCUUUUUACAUCAAAAUGUCGAAAGCAAGCUUAAGGUGACGGGAAAGUAUGGGAUCCAGUGAUAAUACAAAGAUUGUGAAUGGUAACAGAAGAGGAUCUGUAACCUUUCCAACAGACCAUGACACAAAACCGGAAGCGUGUGCUGAUCCUUCUGCCCCGGAAGGUUUCCUGGACAAGUACCUUUCUCACCGCUGGGUGGUCACCUAUAUGUGUUCCCUUAUGUUUGUUGCUCUGCCGAUGCUUCAGAACUGCAUAACGAUGGUCUUAGUGUGCAUGGAGUCCAACUACAUUGAGCCGACAUCCAACAAAAACCUAUCAAAAGCUACGAACAAUAUCAGCGGAAGGGCGGAAACAAACAUCUGGAACAUACGUUUGGAGGGUGACGUCAGAAGCCAGGUUUUGACGGCGGAGUUUUACGCGUUUCCUUUCACUCCUCUGAUUGGAGGAUACCUGUCCGGAAAAUUCAGCGCCAAGAGAGUGAUGAUCCUCAUCAUUCUCCUCCUGGCCGGCUCCUCUGCUCUCACACCUCUCGUGCUGACCUUUAACCCUUAUAUUGCCAUUGGUCUCCGCUGUGUGGCCGGGCUAUCGUCUGGCGGCUUACAAUCCAGCUUAACGGAGUUGUUGUCAAAAUGGGCUCCAUUGAAUGAGAGGGCUCAGAUCGUUUCCACAGCUAUGGCGGGAAUUUUCAUCGGUUUUAUUCUGAAUUUUUCGACGUCCGGGUUUAUAUGUACAAUUCCAGUCCACAACGGAUGGCCCUUCAUCAUGUAUCUAUUCAGUGGCUGCAACUUUCUUGUGCUGAUACCAUGGAUUCUGUUUGUUUACGAUACCCCAUUCGAACACCCUCGCAUCAAGCCGGAUGAAAUUAAACGUAUUCGACAUAGGCGCCGCGAUAGCACUGUGGCAAAGAUGCCACGCCCACCCUGGCUCCAGAUUUUACGGUCCGGUCCUUUCUGGGGUUUACUCACCGUCCACAUGGGAUACAAUUUCAUCGCCACAACCAUGGGGACGUUUCUACCCAUUUAUCUGAAUGACAUUCUCAAGUUCGACGUCACUGUGAAUGGUCUUGCUUCCUCAAUGCCACCCUUGGCCCGCUUCUUGGCAUCCCUUGGUGGCGGACACAUCUCUGAUCUUCUUAUUUCCCGUGGAACUUUCUCCACCACCGUCGUCAGGAAAAUCUUCAUGGCUACCGGGAACAUUCUGUCCGUGCCUUUCCUGAUUGGGCUGAGUUUCAUGGACAGGUCCCAGGCGAGCUACGCAGUCAUUCUGGUUGUCUUGUUCUGGUUUAUACAGGCUCUGAACACUUGCUCACUCCGUGUCAAUCAAAUAGACAUAGCGCCAAGGUAUGCCGGUGUGCUAACUGGUAUGACGGGAACGAUGGCGAAUAUUGCUGCUAUGCUUGCCCCGAUAAUUACAUUUCAACUCACCAAAAACAGAACCAAAGAGGAGUGGCAAGUGGUAUUUUUUAUCUGUGCCGGUAUCUCGGUGUUUGGUGCCAUAGUGUUUCUGGUCCUGGGAAGUGGGAUCGAACAGUCCUGGGCAAAAGACUCCAACUUCAACAUGGAGAUGGGUAUUGCAGCUGACAAAAGAACUGAAAACACGUCAUCUUCUUCGGAAAAGAUAAGUGACAAAGCUGCCAUAAAUGAUUCUACACCUAAUGGACAACCUCAAAAUCAUACGGUUGAUAACUCGUCUGCUACUACAUAUGAUGAACAAGCUAAAGACCAGACAAAGUGGGGUUCUGAAAAACAGUCUGAUCAAGCAUCGGAACUCUCAUCACCAGAAGAGGUUGUUGCUGAUAUUAAACGAUAUUUGGUGACGCGAGACGUAGACUCACUUUGCGAUGACGAAACAGACAUCCAGGCGAGCUACUCUGCUGGCGUCCUCAAUGAGGGUUUUGUUUGUGAUAAAGACAUCAAAUCUACUGAUCCUGAAAAUGCAUUCCAUUCAUUUAUAGUCCAAACGGAAACAAACGGAGUGUGUGGAUCUACAGAUGAUUUUAUCAAAUUUAAUGUUCGCUUGUAAUCACGAACAAAAACUUAUGUAAUAAUUACAUACAUAAAAAAUUAGUUUUUGUGACAAAUUAUCAUUUUCUUCGCACAAAAUAAAUGACAACCAAUCAUCAACUAUAUCCAACAACUAUC